AUGGGGAACAGCAAAUCUCUGGCUGGUGGUCAAAUGGCAGUUUCUACACAAGAGACUUAUAGGUGGUACAGAACAUUUAUGAUAGAAUAUCCAUCUGGCCUACAAACACUUCAUGAAUUUAAGAAGCUUUUGGGUCUGCAAGGUCUGAAUCAAAAGGCCAAUCAACACGUUGAUCAAGUUUUUAAUACCUUUGACACAAACAAGGAUGGAUUUAUUGACUUCACUGAGUUUAUUGCUGCUAUAAAUCUAGUUGUCCAAGGAAAAAUGGAACAAAAAUUAAAAUGGUAUUUCAAGCUCUGCGAUACUGAUGGAAAUGGAUCUAUUGACAAAAAGGAGCUACUGAACAUCUUCAUGGCUGUCCAAGCUCUUAAUGGUCAACAAGACCUGAGUCCAGAGGAAUUCAUCCACUUGGUGCUUCAUAAGAUCGAUGUAAAUAAUGAUGGUAAGGGAACUUCUUUUCUCAGGCUUACUUUUCUUACAAAGAGAAUUGACUUUAGAAGAAUUUAUCAAUGGCAUGGAGAAAGAUCAGGAUAUCCUAGAGAUUGUUUCCAAGAGCUUUGA